AUGUCCGUGACACAAGAAACACUAGAGUCGUCCGACCUCAUCAACUGGACCAUAUUCCAGGAGCUCCUCCUGAUGGACGAGGACGAGGAGGGCUUCGCCCUGUCGCUCGUGGAGACGUUUGUCCAGCAGGCAAACGACACGUUCAAGGAGAUCGAGCAGUUGCUCGGCGAGCAGUCCGCCAAGACCGAGGACAACUUGAGAAAGCUCUCGUCGCUCGGCCACUACCUCAAGGGCUCCGCCGCCGCCUUGGGCUUGCAGAAGGUGCAGAACGAGUGCGAGCGGAUCCAGAACUACGGCAAGAUGGAGGUCUUCGACAACGACCCGCUGGCCGCCGCCGCCAGGACCCCGCAAGACUGGUUUGCUUGCUGCGCCGAGGCCUACACCCAGGCCGGCCGCUACUUCAUCGAGAGCAAGGACUUGCUGAGCGGCUUCUUCCAGGCCAGCCUGUAG